AGCUAUUUAAUGGUAUUAAAAAGUUUAGACCGAACAGUCUUAUUUAAGCACUUUAAACAUUAACUUUUAAGACUUCGAUAAUAUAGUUAUUAUAAAAAAAUGAAAGCCAACGGAACUUUGUUUACACUUGCAGUUGUCAUCUGCUGUUGUCUCUCUUUUGGUCUCGUUAGCGGCUUGAAGUGUUACUCCUGCUCAAGCUCGUAUGAUUGUCGAUCUGCCAAAAAGGUGGACUGCAAUUAUGAUUUGGCCAAUGCCACUGUGACUCAUCUAAGCUAUUAUUAUUUGGAUGUACCGCGCGACAACAGCACGACAAAUAUGAAUUGUAUGAGCGAUUGGCUGCAGACACCAAGUGGAGUUGUGGAGCAUAUGGGUUGCAUUUACAGCAGCUACAGUAGCUGCUUGUAUAGGGUGCGUCCACAAUUCCAACAGAAUUUGAAACGUGUAUGUCAGCAAUGCACCAGGGAUGGCUGUAAUCCUGCCGCACGCGCAUCUGGCAGUUUCCUUACAGUGUUGGCCACAAUUAUAGUGACAGUUUUGGUGACUGCUGUGUGGCACAAGUGAAUGCAAAUAACUAUAUUUUGUGUAUUUAUUGUUGAGUGUGUAAGCCUAAUCUUAUCGAAAUAAAAUGAUAACGAACAAUUUUUUAGUUAAAA